GCGUCUUGGUUGACGUGACGCAGCGUGGAAUUCCCAAACUUCCCAAGUUCACUGGAGGAGAAGAGCGUUGUUCAUACUAAAAAACAAAACGUUUUGAAGGGAAAAAACAGCGAGCGACUGAGGUGUAAACUAAUUGGAACCUUGGCGCAUAUAGUGUUGUCGACACAAAAUUACAGAGCAGAGUCUGCACCGUGCUGUGCCAAAUUGAGCCUGAAGAGGGCGAUGUCUGACAACAGCAACAGCACAGGCAGCAGCAGUGGCUCCUCAACCAACAGCUGGACCCUCCUCUCCCCCGAGGAAGCGGCUGUUGAGAAUGUCGGGCCAGUAGAUGACGGCACUGAGAGCCUGGGUGACGUCCCGAGUCUCUCUGAGGAUGUGACAGGAGCUGCGGCAAGUGACAUUCCAGUAGAAACGGUCUUGUCUGAAGAAGGCCAUCAGGUUUGUCAAGAGACCUCUCCAGAGUCCAGUGAGGGACCCAUCCCAUCUAUUCCAACCAUGAUUAGUCCACUUCUUCCCAACCUUCUUGAUCCUCCAGACCUCGACCUGGACAGUCAGCCUCCAGUCAUCCAUGACAUUGUAACCAGCUCCCCCAGUGACAACGAGCCCCUAGGAGCCACACCCUUUGUCACCAACAUUGAUAUGGGGGCUCCACUCGAUAUUCCUGAUGCCGAGCUCCUGCCAGUGGAGCCCGAGGAGUCCUGCUCCACUAAUCCCCUCAUUGAGAUCCCUGUCUUUACAGAACGAGUGCUUGACACGCCUGCUGAUAUCGGGGUGGUUCUUGCUAGCCAUGCUGAGGAGAGUCCUGUCUUCACUGCUGAACCUGAGGUCAACAAACCCACAGAGACCCUUAUAGCCACUGAUCCUCCCCCUCAUGUUGAAGCUGAUGUCAGCUUUGUUCCAGAGAGUACAGAGUCGCUAAGCCAAGUCCCAGAGAGCCUGGUCACAGCAAGCCCAAUCAGUGAUAGUCCUGUACCAGAGACCGUUGGUGUAGUAGAGGGAGAGGCAGCUGGGAAAAAGGAGGACAUGGAGCCAUCUAAGGAAAUGACCCAGGAUGGGAGAGAAGAAGGAAAAGAAGAAGAAGAAGAAGAAGGAGAACCAUCCAGCAGUUUUGAUUUGGGUGACACAAGCAGCUGUGAUGGUGGACUGAGGAGGAGGAAUGUCCCCUCCUUUGAGGAGCCAAGACCAAGAACAUCAGAUGAGGAAGAUGAGGAAGAGGAAGUGGAGUUCAAGCUUGCUGAGAAGAAGGAGGAAAAGCCAUGGUUCUCCUUGAACAAAUGCAUUGUGGGCUCUUUGAUCCUGCUCUUCUUAGGUUCCCUCUUCCUCUCAGGUUUCUUCUCUGAUCUGAAUAACGGUGACUUUGACGCCUCUGAACUGAGUGAUGUAGAACAAAGCCAGGACUGGCUUAGCAGUGAUCCGCAGGAUAUGAAUGAGCUUUUGGAUAAACUGACACAGGAAAACCAGCAAAUCGCUCAGCUAGAGGCUCAACUACAGUCACAGCAAGAAGAACUCAACUCAGCACUGAAAGCAGUAGCAGCAAGCAGCGAUGAAAAGGGAAAAGCAGAUUUGGAAAAAGACAACAGAAAGUUGAAGGAGGAGCUGUCAUCUCUGCCUGAGCUAAAAAAAGAGCUGGAGAGCCUGAGGUCCAGGGUGAUCGAACUCAGCCAGCUCACAGAUGAUCAGGAAAUGCCUCCAGCUAUCUCAAACUCAGCGCCUCAGCCUGAAGAUAAAGAUGGUCAGAGCGACCAGAAAGCAGCAGGCCCUGAGAGGAGGAAGGACACAAAUGAGGGAGGAUGGAUGAAGGAAGAACUCCAGAGGCAGAAAGUUCUUCUGGAGGGGAGCAAGAAGAGACUGCAAGGGAUGAAAAAAGAUGGAGGCGACAGGAAACGAGUUAGGGAUAGUUUGGAGGAGAUCCAGAGGAGGCUUUCUGAACAAGUUGAAAGGUGGGGUAAGAAGAAGCCACAGGAGUCCAAGCGGAAAGAGAACAAAGGCAAAAGCAAUGAGCGUGACCACUGGAAAAAAGACGAAAAGAAAGAGUGGAAGCACAGCAAGGAGGGAGGAUUGAGAGACAAAGAAGAGAAGAGGGAGAAGGGUUGGAAAUCUCAGAAGCAAAACUCUCACAAAGAGGCAUGGAGGAAACACCAGGCCGAUUGGGAGAAGAAGAAGGACGAGCGCAGAAUGGACAGAGACGAAAGGAGGAAGGAGAAACCGUGGCACAGCCGGCCUGGUAAGAACUCCCACAACCAUCACCAGCACCAGCCUCACCAUCAACAGCCCCGCCAGCCUCAUCAGCACAAGCACAACGACUUCUGGAGAGACCAGGAGCAGAAGCUUCGACGCAACGUCCGCCCCCAGCUGGGCUGCAGCUCUGUGGAGGAUUGCGCCAGCAAGGAGGGGCUCUAUCCAGUGGAGCUGCCCGAGUUUGAGGAACUGCUGGAAGGCUACCUGAGCAAGCUUGAAGGAUCUUCACCUGAGAGCAAAGACAAGAUCCGGAAGCUGACUUCAGAGUUCUUUGAGGAUGGCGGGUUUAUCCACGACAGAGUUCUUUUCAGUGACUUUGCUGAGGAUGUGGCGGACAUCCUGGAGGACAUGGUGGACGUUUUGGAGGAUGGUGGGAAGAAGGACGACGACUCCCUGGAGGAGGAGAUGGAGGAGUUUGAACGGGAAGCCCUGUGGAAGUUUGCCGCCACAGCUUAAAUAGACAAAGAGAAAAAAGAAAACGCUGAGAAACGGCUCAAGAGGUGCUAUAAAGGACGUUUCUUGCCUACAUUCUUCUCUUCAGAGCUGUAAUUGUAGUAGCAUCUGGUACAGAGUGGUUGUAACUCUCAUACAUGUGUGUCUCUGAGUCUUUAAUUAUAAGCUAGACUUGUUUGUGUCAUUUUGGACUUAGUUGUUGUUAACUACCUCUGUCAGGUCAUGCCUCCUAAUGCGAAGUCGUUCAGUAUUGUGUUUUGUGGGUUUUCCUCUGCCGUAUAGUGUUUUCUCAAUACAUAGUGCAUGUUGCAGCUCAUCAUGUAUAUUCAAACUAAUAAUAUCCAGAUCACACACAAGAAAAAAACUGGGUAGAUGUUAUUUGC